AUGUCGACAGUACAGACCACGGCCUCUCCACGCGCUCCCCGGGGCAAGCCGCAGAGCCCAGCUCAGGCAGCGCAUGCCAACGCCGGCCGGCAGUCGCAACGCAAACCACGAGGCAACCGCGCACACAAUGGCUACACCCAGAACCAACACAGUGCGGCAGGAGCGUCCCCGAGCAAGAUGCCUGCUGAGCUCGCCCACGCGGAAGGCGCGUCCCACUCAGGUGAGGACGCGCACAUGCCCUCUGGACCGCGCAACAUGAGGAAGCCCAACCAGUCCCAUCCCUCCAUCGACCGCGUCUUCUCUCCUCCUGAAUCAGAGCCUGUUCCGAUCAAUCCGUCUGCUACCCCGGCUAAGAUCCAGGCCGCCUAUGCCGGCCCGACCUUCCAUGCUUCUCCGGCUCCUUCUGCUCUGCCUAUACCCAAGUUUCUUUCUCGUUCUGUGCCGGCCAAGACACGUGCUGGUCCACCAACACCUCCGCCCGAAGAUAGUUCUGAUUCUGCUUCUCCAAGUCCUUCUGCUUCUCCUUCCCGCGCCCCGGUGGCCGUUCCUCCUCGUAAUGAACAAUCUCCAUUGGACCUGCUUUUCAAGGCGGAUGCGGCUGAGAGAGCCAAGGGCAACCAUGGACGCCCAGCCUCCCACGGACCUUUCAACCCAAUGGACACUUCCAGGCCACAGCAUUUGAAGCAUGAUUCGUCACACUCGCUGAAUGGCGUCUUUCCCAUAGAGCUUGACGGGGAAAGCAAGCACGCACACAUGUCUCCCCCACCAGCAGCCUCGCCCGCCUCGCAUCGCUCCGUUACAGAUCCCACCAAGAUUCCACAGCUCAAAGAUAUGCAACAGCACGGCAACGGCAACGAUGUUAUGAACGACCUACUGAAUCGUCUCUCAAUGUCACAGAAGAAGCCUUCGGCAACACCGCCUCGACCGGAUGCGCAGGGUCCACAAGGAUUCAUGAUAGGUCAGACACCAUCACCUUUCCAUGACGGUCGCCCUCCCCAGAACCCUUCUGGACCCACCACACCGCAGGCACCACCGCCGAACCAAGACUCUGAAUUUUUCUAUGGCAACCGUAAUCUUUCUCCCUUGUUCAAAGCCGCAAAGGGUGAUUCUGCAAAGAAACGCAACUCUGGUCUUCGUACCGAGAUCUCGGCUGAGUCUCCUAUGGUCGGACCGGGCAACUUCCAGAGCUUUCCUUCUGUUCCUCCCACUCAGAUGAUGGACCCCAACGCCUUUUCCCGAGAUCAGCCAGGCAACGCCAACGGAGGCUUUGCCAACGGGCCCCGGCCAUCAGCACCCCAUGUACAAUCCUAUCAACAAAGUCCAAACAACCGCAGGAAGACGCCUGGCCGGCAGCCACAACAGCCACAACAGCCUCGCCCAGACACUUACCAGAAACGAGGCAAUAUGAGUGGGACUGGAAAUACCGCGGCUAAUGCUCCUCCAGCAUCUGCUCCAAAGGCCCCUACCAGCAUGAUGUCCUUUGUACCUUCAUCAGUCGCUGCUAAACAACGCAAGACCUCAGCCCCCGCUGCCACUACUGGUGCCUCACCCAUGAAAACCGCGACCCCUUCCAAUACGUUGUCUCUGGAGCAGGAUCUCAAACGCUUGCUCAAUCUCAGCCCGGCUGGCGAGUCCAGCGUCAGGUAG